AUGCACCGAUUUAUUUCGCGUUAUUCAGAAACUUUAAAAACAUUGAUAGAAGUCAAAGACCCAAUCGUAUCCGCAAGAAAUCGCACUUUACAACUUUUAAAAACAUUCUCAACUAUGCCUCCUAUUGCAAAAAGUAGCCAUUAUGACUAUCUUGUUAUUGGUGGAGGUAGUGGUGGUUUAGCUUCAGCCAGGCGCGCUGGUUCAUAUGGCUUUAAAGUUGGCAUAAUAGAAUCAAGCGGUAGACUAGGUGGAACUUGUGUUAAUGUCGGUUGCGUUCCUAAGAAGGUCAUGUUUAAUACUGCUUCUGUCGCUGAAGCUUUACAUGAUGCGCAACAGUAUGGUUUUGAUCUAACAUCGAUCCCCCAGUUCAAUUGGAAUCUCCUUAAACAAAAACGUGAUGCAUACAUUAAACGCUUAAAUUCCAUUUAUGUUAAUAACCUCGUCAAGGAUAAUGUUGAAUACAUUGAAGGAAAAGCAAGUUUCAUAUCAAAAAAUGUGUUAAGAGUAGAACGUGAUGGACAAGUCGAGGAAAUAGAAGCGAAAAAAAUUCUAAUUGCCACUGGUGGUCGUCCUCGCUUGCCAUCUGAAAUCCCUGGCUUUGAAUUGGGAAUUACAAGUGAUGGUUUCUUUGAUCUUGAAGAACAACCUAAAAAAGUUCUUGUCGUUGGUACAGGAUACAUUGGUGUUGAACUUGCUGGAAUAUUCAACACCUUAGGAACAAAUACAUCUUUGCUCAGCCGUUCGGAUGAAAUUUUGCGUACAUUUGAUCCAAUUAUCAAAGACACACUCCUUGAACAGUCAAAAAAAGAGGGUAUACGCGUUCUAACGCAUGCCAAAGUAAAAUCCCUAUCACGUGAUUCGCCUUCUGGUCCCAUAAAAGUUAGUCUUACCUCAAAGGAAACAAAUGAUACGGUAGAAGAAUUUGAUACUCUUCUGUGGGCUAUUGGAAGGGAUCCGAAUGUUGAUCUAAAUUUGGAUGUUACCGGCGUUAAACUAAAUAAUAAAGGGUAUAUUAUUAGUGAUGAAUAUCAAAAUACCACUGCUGAAGAAAUAUAUGCUUUAGGUGACGUAUGCGGGGUGGCGCAGUUAACACCUGGGAGACGUUUAUCUGAUCGUCUCUUUGGUCCUCCAAAGUUUAAAGAAAGUAAACUUGAUUAUAACAAUAUUCCAACUGUCGUAUUUCAUGGUACUUGUGGAACCGUUGGCCUGACAGAGCCUGAGGCAAGAAAGAAGUUUGGAGAUGAAAAUGUCAAAACUUACACUUCUAAAUUCGUAAAUUUGUACAAUGCUAUGACUGAACAAAAACCCGCAACAGCAUACAAACUUGUCGUAGUGGGUGAAGAAGAAAAAGUUGUUGGUGUUCACCUCCUUGGAAGAGAUUCUGCUGAAAUUUUACAGGGAUUUUCGGUUGCUGUUAAAAUGGGCGCUACGAAAGCAGAUUUUGAUAAUACAGUUGCAAUCCAUCCUACUGCCGGAGAAGAAUUGGUAACAAUGAAAUGA